UGACAAAAGGAUUGAACAAUAUUACAUCAAACAAUGGACCUAGAAGCAGAUUCCACUUGGGUUGUCCUGCUUGCAGUAGUAUUAGGUGCUUUGGGGAGUCUAAAAUGGAUUCUAAAGAAAGUUAACUGGUGGCUUUAUGAAACUAAACUUGGUGAAAUUCAGUAUUCACUGCCUCCAGGCGAUUUGGGCUGGCCUUUCAUUGGCAAUAUGUGGUCCUUUCUUAAAGCUUUCAAGUCCACUGACCCAGAUUCUUUCAUGCGCAACUUUGUUGCCAGAUAUGGGGGUGGUGGAGUAUACAAAGCCUUGAUGUUUGGAAAUCCCAGUAUCUUGGUGACAACACCAGAAACAUGCAGAAAAGUACUAACAGAUGAUGAAGCAUUUCAACCAGGUUGGCCAAAAUCCACCGAAGAGUUGAUUGGAAAGAAAUCCUUUGUUUCCAUUUCCCAUGAAGAGCACAAGCGUCUCCGACGAAUUACUUCUACUCCAUUGAAUGGUCAUGAAGCUCUAUCUCAAUAUAUAUCAUACAUUGAAGAAAAUGUAAUAUAUGCACUGGAUGAAUGGGCUUCUAUGACAGAGAUUGAGUUCUUGACUCAACUAAGAAAGCUUACUUUCAAGAUCAUUAUGCACAUCUUCCUUGGCUCUGAAAGCAUUUCAGUCAUGGAUGAUUUGGAGAAGGAAUAUACUUCACUUAAUUAUGGGGUCAGAUCUAUGGUAAUCAAUUUUCCAGGGUUUGCUUACCAUAAAGCGCUCAAGGCACGCAAGAAUCUAGUGGCUGUAUUCCAAUUAAUAGUGAACGAACGCAGAAAUCGAAGAAAGGAUGAAAGCAGAACUAAGAAAGACAUGAUGGACGCUUUGCUUGCUGUUGAAGAUGAAAAUGGUCGAAAAUUAAGCGAUGAAGAAAUCAUUGAUAUUCUAUUGAUGUACUUGAAUGCAGGCCAUGAAUCUUCUACGUAUACCACAAUGUGGGCUACAAUUUUUCUUCAGGCACACCCGGAAUAUCUUAAAAAAGCUAAGAAAGAGCAAGAGGAGAUACUUAAAAGGAGGCCACCAACACAGAAGGGACUAAUGCUUAAAGAAACUCGAGAAAUGAAGUUUCUUUCCCCGAUAGAUAAUUAUUUCAAUGUAAUUGAUGAAACACUUCGUUUGGUAACAUUCUCAUUUGCACUUUUUCGAGAGGCAAAAGUAGAUAUUAAUUUGGAUGGAUAUGUAAUCCCCAAGGGUUGGAAAGUUUUAACUUGGUACAGAAGUGUUCAUUUGGAUCUUGAAAUCUAUCCAAAUCCAAUGGAAUUUAAUCCUUCACGGUGGGAUAAUCACACUACAAAAGCAGGAACUUUUCUUCCCUUUGGAGCAGGAAGUAGGUUCUGCCCUGGAAAAGAUCUGGCUAAGCUUGAAAUUUCUAUUUUUCUACAUGAUUUCCUCCUUAAAUAUCAGCUUGAGCGUCUCAAUCCUGAAUCUAAAGUAAUGUACUUACCUCAUCCAAGACCAAAAGACAAUUGUUUGGCGAGAAUCAAAAAAAUUCCUUCAAUGUCUACUGAUCCUUGA